GACCAGACGGUUUCUCAGCGUCCAAGAAGCCAGUCUGAUGGCGCCAUCGACUACUCGUCCCAAGAAUACUUCAACGAACAUGUCUCCUCGGGCCCCCAGACCGAGCUCUCAACCGACAACGCUUCGUUCAUCGAGCCUGCUGCCGUCACCACUGACGGCACGCACGAGACUCUGGACCAGAGCAUUGUGAGCUACGAAGAGACCGACUUCGACGACGCCUCGGGCGAUUACCAGGCACCUCCGACCGAGCAAACCUGGUACAAAGGUGUCUUGGUCACUGCCGACAAUGCUCAAGCCGUCUUCUCUCCUGCAGCAUGCAUCUUUGUCGCAAAUGUCUUUGGACAGGUCGGAGAGUGCUGGGUCAAAGUUCGCUUCGACAAAAAGAACAUUCCAGCUGCCUUCGUGCAAUACAAGCCUUUGAAGCUGAUGCCCGCUUCCACGGUACUCUCAUCUCCGGACGUCCCUGCCGCAUUAAGUAUGCUCGCGCUCCACCAUGAUCUGCUACCUGCUGAGGCAUGGCACUACCUCAGAAUGUUCGGUGAAGUCGACUUCUGGUGGACUCCGUGCCAGACCGAGAGAGCUCUGUACAAUUUGCCUGCUGGAGCUUUCUUCUGUUUCGAGCUGUUCCAGCCUUGCCAGGAUGCUUUGAAGGUACUCCAUCUUGUCCUUUCCCUUCUGUUCAUGUCAACCUUACUGAUCUUCUUCAACAGGNCUCUUCGCAACCAUGAGACUCUUACCUUCACGCUCGCUCAGCUGGAGAAGCGCAAGCCUGCUCCCACCGCCUACAACACGAUCCUGCCUGAGAUCAUUCCUAACGCCAUCUACGUUGGCAAUCUUCCCUACGACGUCAACGAAAACACUCUGCGCAUGAUCUUUGCCCACUAUGGAUCCAUCAACAAGGUCGAACUUCGCAAGNACCUUGUACAGUCAGUCAACACUCUCCAUACACUUUUGUCCAACACUGACCGAGUCUCAGAGAGAGUUGCCUUCGCCUUCAUCUACUACGAGGAAUCUCACUCAGCCGCAAUGGCGUGUCAAUUCCCUUACUGCCAUGUCGUUGAGGACCAUCUCUCUUACAUCGAGCUCAAGCGCGUGAAGCCCCGCCGUCGCAGCCAGCCCAACUACUUCGACAACCUCCCCAAUGGCAUGUUCCGCGAUGGCAGGGACUACACCUACAAGCCAGGAAACCCCUCCUACAUUCCCCGUCACAUGCGUGGCAAUUGGCCUUAC